CGGGCUGCAGAGUCCCGUCCUGGGGGAGAGUGUGAGCAUGUACGGACCUGCAGACGACCAGCUGAGCUUCUUUAACAACCUGAUGACUCAGGUGACCAGUCGUCUUCAGGAGUCGGACAGGAAACAGGAAGUAGAGGAAGAGGAGGAGUCCCGGAGGCGGAGCCUGUCCCAGUCGUCGUGCAGGGGGCGGGGUUUAGGAGCAGACCCGGUGCUCAGCCCCACCGUGAGGCAGCUGCAGCAGCUCGGAGUCCACGUAGAAGAAGAAGGCCUCAGCCAAUCAGAACGGAGAACUCAGCAGACUGUAGAGAGCAGCAGCACUCUGGCGAGCAUCAACCCGGCGGCUGUCCUGUCCAGGCUGAGUGUCUCCGAGGCGUCGUCGAGCACCCUGUUGCCGGGCGCCAGCGCCCUGUUGCCGGGCGCCAGCGUGGACCUGAGCCUGGAGGCCAACGCCAUCGCGCUGCGUUACCUCAGCGACUCUCAGCUGAGCCGCCUGUCUCUGGGAGGCCACGCCCCCCCAGCAGGCCCCGCCUCCAACUCCACCCACUCCCUGCUGUCGCCUAGCAACAUGUCCCUGGCCACCAGGAAGUACAUGCGGCGGUACGGCCUGAUCGAGGAGGAGGACAGCGAAGAGGAAGAAGAUGUCCGCCCGCCGCUCCUCCCGCAGAGUCAGCUGACCCGGGACCUGCGGCCCAGAAUGCAACUGUGCGCCGGCGGGAACAAAACCAACAGCGCCAACAAGGAGAACUGUUCCACGCGGCGGCCAUCUUUAGUGAGGGCGGGCAGCCGCCAGACGGAGGCUUCAGUGGGGAACAUCCUGGACCUGAGCCGCCUGAGACAGCUGCCCAAACUCUUCUGACUCAGGUAACACUCAGGUGACAGGAAGUAGUGUUCAUGGAGUCUACUCACCUGACUCUCAGGUGACAGGAAGUAGUGUUCAUGGAGUCUACUCACCUGACUCUCAGGUGACAGGAAGUAGUUUUAAUGUCUGUGUCUGGAAACGGGAGCGAGACAUUCAGGGAACCAACCGCUCUCGGUUCUUCUUCAAGCUGCUGGCAGAAUUUUAAAUGGUCCUAUUUAAAGUGGUCCUAUUUAAAGUGGUCCUAUUUAAAGUGGUCCUAUUUAAAGUGGUCCUAUUUAAAGUGGUCCUAUUUAAAGUGGUCCUAUUUAAAAUGGUCCUAUUUAAAAUGGUCCUAUUUAAAGUGGUCCUAUUUAAAGUGGUCCUAUUUAAAGUGGUCCUAUUUAAAAUGGUCCUAUUUAAAGUGGUCCUAUUUAAAGUGGUCCUAUUUAAAGUGGUCCUAUUUAAAAUGGUCCUAUUUAAAGUGGUCCUAUUUAAAAUGGUCCUAUUUAAAGUGGUCCUAUUUUAAAGUGGUCCUAUUUUAAAAUGGUCCUAUUUAAAAUGGUCCUAUUUAAAAUGGUCCUAUUUAAAGUGGUCCUAUUUAAAAUCUAUUUAAAGUGGUCCUAUUUAAAAUCUAUUUAAAGUGGUCCUAUUUAAAGUGGUCCUAUUUAAAGUGGUCCUAUUUUAAAGAGUCUGGUGCUGAAACACCAAAGCGCCAGCUGUUGGAGAGGUGCUGAGGACUCUAAAGACAUCAGAUGUUAAAUGGAGUCUGGUGUGGAGACCGGUCUGACUCAGUCUGGUGUGGAAGACCAGAGUCAAAUUUUAAACAGAGUCUGGUCUGUCCAAUGUGCGUUCAGGAACGAAAAACCAGACCCAGAUGUUUAGGAAACCUGCUGCAGUUUAGAUGCUUUUAAUCUGAAAGGGGACUCUAAAAACGGCCAGAUGUUAAAUGGAGUCUGGUGUGGAAGCGGAGGUCCUCCAUCUUCACUCUGACUCACAUCAGACCGGCUGCUUUUAUGGUUUCACUCACUUUAUCUUUUGUGUGUUUUCAUGAAACGUGUUUGAGCUUUUAUUUUUGUUGUCACUUCCUGUUUUAAUGUGAAAUGUCUUUUGCACAUUUUUUUAAAUAUUUAUGAUUUCACAAAUAAAACUUUUCAUAAAACCUUU